CAGACACGAUCGGUCCAUACAAUAUAUACCCACUUUGUUCAGGGUAGUGCUCGAAAUUGCCGAUCUUUUUGGAAAUAGUGGAUAAAAUACAUACCGUUGCCUUUUGUUGUUCGUCGGACCCGUGAGACCUUACCGAUCUCGAUUUUUCGCGUUUUUUACAAGGCUGGUCGUUCACACGGGUGUGGAAAAGUGCGAAAGAUCGGUUGUGCGAUCGGGUGGUAUACCGAUGGCUGGGACGACGGUACUUUUAGCUCUGGUGCUACUUGGGCUGCAGCUCGCAGGAGCUCAGCCGGUUUUACCACCGCAUUCGGGGAUGGCCGAGCCCUUUAUCCUUCUUAAAUUGUUACCCGACGGAGAGCUCCAGAGGCUCAUUAAGUUCAACAACACCUGCGCCAGGGAAAUAACGCUCGAUUGGGGAGAGACACCCCUGACGUUGCGGGAGCUUUGGUUCGAAGAGCCGAGCGUGAAGCUGACCUUUUAUUACCGGAAGCACGACUUCACCGACUGCACGGUGGAGCCCAUCAAGCCCGACGAUCCGUACGAGCGCGACGUCUGUGGAGCCGAGCUGCUCUGGGCAGAUCGGCAACAACAGCAACCGGUCGCCGUCAACGUCAGCCGGAUCGGCAACGUCAGCGACGCCACGAUCGCCGAGGCGUACCCGUGGAUGCUGGCCUCUGAGCCGGAAAUGCGCCAACGGUGCAGCCUUGCACAAGACGCCAACCUACGCGGAAGAAAAGGCAUCGCAGAGCUCGAGGAGGAGAGCGGCCUGCAGCCGUUGGUGGCCGACGAGACCAAGAGACAGAAGCGGGGCAUCCGCGAGCUGGUCAUAGCCCCGGGGACAAAGUGGUGCGGACCCCACAGGUCGGCCUUCAGCUACAAGGACCUCGGCGCCCUGGACGGCUUGGACAGAUGCUGCCGGCGUCACGACCACUGUCCGCAGGCCAUAGCGCCCUUCUCCUCGAAAUACGGCCUCUUCAAUUACAUGCCCUUUACCCUCAGCCACUGUAGCUGCGACGAGAGAUUCCGAACAUGUCUAAAAAUGACGGGGACCUCGUCGGCAAACGUCAUCGGCAAGAUAUUCUUCAACAUGGUCCAGACGAAAUGUUUCGCGCUGAAGCCGGCCAAGGUGUGCGUCAAGAGGUCCUGGUGGGGCAAGUGCGAGAAACAAAAGUACAAGAAACAGGCCUACCUGCGAUACAAUACUUCUUAUUAAUAGUUUGGAUGUACUAGUAAUGACAAAAGCUCAGUAGAUCUUCGAUUAUCUGCAUUUUGGGUACCGAAUUUUAGGCGGAGCUAAAAUUUCGGUGCUUGUGUUUUUUUUCCCCUUUGUUACUGUGUAACAGUCGAUGCGUGUACCAACUUUGUUUUUUUUUUAGUUUACUAGGUACGAAAUCAUUACAUAUUUUUUGUUUUAUUUCGUUUAGUGUACGUAAAGUAGUAGUAGUUUAAAUUUAAACGACGACGAUAACAGGGUGUUUUCGUACUUAAUAAUUCGCAUUGUAAUACUUGUACAUGAUCAUACAUAUCAAAUAUUUUUAUUUUUUUAUACAUUUUUACUGCCGUACCUUUGUCCCACACCUUUGUCUGUACAUAUAGGACCCGAUUUUACAUAGAUAUCUUGCGUCAUAUGUCUCCUUUUUAAGAUUUAUUCCUUAUUUAUUUCCAAGUAUUGUAUCACAAUUUAUAGAUAAAUUCUGGAAAAAAGUACCUCGAGGCAGCUGGUUGUUCAAGGUCAUUUUUGUACAAAAACAAUACAAAAAAAGUCUACCUCUCGAUCGAUAUCGACUUUGUGAUGGCUAGCACACCACUUACCGAGCCAACGAUCGCUCUUAUAUAUACACAUCGAAAACAUUAAUUUUUAAUCGAUUAAUUUGUAUACUUGCGUGUAUGCUUGCGCGAACGCAACGAUAUAAUAUAUGAGUCAUGUGAAAACUUUUGUUAGUAUGUUUCUUACAUGUCUCGAGAUGAUACAUAUUAAUUUUUUUUUUCAAUAUUAAUCAAACUGUUCAAACGAAUGAUUUCGAUAUUUUUAACGCUGUGGCUACACAUAUUUAUAUUCAAUUAAAUUUGAUUCGA